UCUUGUGCAAACACGCACACACACAUACACACACUCACCAAACAGGAAGACUAUACCUGUUUGGCGUGAGUUGGCUGGAAACUGUCAGGGUUAUCUGUGAAGCAGAGAUGAAAAGAUUUGAAUGAUACCAGCUUCUGGACCACUGGCACCACAGUGAAGAAAAAGACUGGCGGGGACAUACUCUGGAUUACAAAACUGAAAAAUAAACGGAUCAAAUCACUCCAGAACAGACACCAAGAAGCCAAAAAGGACUGCGUUUUUUAAAGAAAAAUAUUUUUUAUAAGUUUGUGACUGUCCACCUGCUUUUGUGAGUCUGGAUUACAUGCCCAAGACGUGGGGGUCAAACCCACGACUGUCAACAAUGUUCACCCCAAGGAAAAACAGUCUUCCCUCCCCCAGCCUGGAGGACUCCUUCUUCCCUCUCUCCUCAUCAUCCUCCGUCUCGCUCUCCUUUGCUCUGCCCUCAUCUACGUCCUCUCCCGGUGGCAUUGAUGGCGGAGGCGGGAUAGAAACAGACCUGAUACUGGCUGCGGAGCUGGGACAGGCUUUACUGGAGAAGAAUGAGGAGCUGGCAGCCUCUCUGGAGCAGAGGGAGAGGGAGGUGGAGGCUUUACAGCAGGAGAAACACGUUCUUCAUAGAAAGCUGGAGAUGAAUGAACUGGCAUCUGGGCAGAAAGAGGCAGAGCUGACAGCAGAUUUAGCCGCUUUAAAGGCUGAGCUGGAGCAACAUCACAACCAGGGGCGAGACAAGCGAAGGGACGAGAGUGAACAACUCACUCAGUUAGCCAAUCACAACCAGCGCUUGGUGGAGCAGCUUGCCGAGGCUGUAACACUGGAACACUCCUUGAGGACUGAGCUCCGUUCCCUCAGAGAAGAGAUGGAAGAGUCAUCUUUCAGCCGAAAUAUCAGCUUCACACAAGUAGAGAACAUACAAGCAGAGAACAGAGUUUUGCUGGAGCGGCUGUCGCGCAUGGAGGUACAACUAAAAGCUACUCAAGAGGACAGUGAUAGAGUCCGCAUGGAGAGAGAUGGCCUGAGAGACAGACUGUCAGAACUGCAGGCGAUGCUACGAGAGAAAGAAGCAGAGAUAGAGCAGGAGCAGGGAGUGGUGUUUGAGUUGCGUACCUUGAAUCGCUCUCUACAGCAAAAAUCUCUGAACCUGGGAGAAGAGAGCAUCCUGGACAGUACACACACACAACCUCUGUCUCUGCUUAGUGAAAUUCAGCAAUCGCAGGCUAAAGAGGCACUUCUAGCUCACUCCACGGUCCUCCAAGCAAGAGAUGAAGAGAUACAAGCACUCAAAGAGGAGCUGCAAUCUAAACAAGGAGAGCUGGAGUCUUUGAGGGAAGAAAUAAAGCCCUUUAGAAGCAGUCCUGAAAAGCCAAGCUACAGUUUCUUAGAGAGUGAGCUGGCCACAGUGCGUCAGGAGAAAGACACACUGACCCAACAGCUUCUCAACACCAUCAAACACAAGGUGGCGCUGUCCCAAGAGUUGGAUGCCUGGCAGGAGGACAUGCGAUUGGUGAUCAAUCAACAGGUGCUGCAAAGGGAGGAGGAGAGACAGAAGGAACAGCAGCGAGAGAAACAAAGUCAAGGAGGACUCCAAAGAAGCAAGUCUUUGAAAGUGAAAGGAGAAGGAGGGAAAGGAUUCUUCUCUUCUUUUUUCAGAGACAAAUAACGAGAGAGAGAAAUGGACAGAGUAUCAGCCUGCCAGCACUGUUCGCUACACUGUGAUGUCUUAUCAGCAUCAAAAAGCCAAAUGUUUACAAACCUCAUAUUUGAAUAUAAAUUUGAAUAUAUUUGUAUAUAUGUAUGUACAGUAUAACAGUAACGUCCAUUUUUAA